AUGGGCUGCGGCAGCCGAAGACCUCACCAAGUUUCACUCCUGUCAGCUAAGAACAAGAAACUGAGGUUACAAUUCACACAACUCACCAGAAUUGGACAGCGGAAGACUGGAAGAAUGUUGCCUGGUCUGAGGAGUCUGGAUUCCAGCUGCAACAUUCCAAAAACAGUGUCAAGUCGAGUCCUAGAGAGUGUCCAGAGUCAUUGGAGGCCUCAAGUCCAGUCCUGCAGCCACAGUCAAUUGCAACUGCUGUUUCUGGGCUUUUUGGCCGUCUUCAUAAACCCACUACGGGGAGAUGAGUCAUUCCAGUACUUAGGAACAGGAUACAAUGGAGAGAAUGAAUACCACACUGUGACGGUCAAUGAGCAAGUCAAGGUUGCUGUGUUUAAUGUGUACUCUGGAAGACAGUCAGCCAAUGCCGUCUUCGAUUACAGCCAGAACAUUGUUGCCUACCACAUGCCCUACAAAGGUAUCUGUGUCCUGGCACACAUGGAUAUUGCUACCUUUCCAGGCCUUGGAAGGAUAAAUGAGUGGAUUCACACCAAGAGGGAACAGAAAAAGGACCUAGAAGAGCUGCGCAAACAUUACUUUGUGACCAACCAGCAAGUGUACGAUCUUGCCCAGUACGGUAACGCCAUUCAAAGCCUUUGCUGGGGAAUUCCAACCUACUGGGCUCGUGAAUACACUAGUCCUCAUGAAGGUUUUGCUGGUGCUAAUGGAUGUGCUGGUAUUCAUUUAUUCUGCCUGCGUAUCGGUCUCUGUGCAGGAUUCAAUCUGUAAACUUCAAUCUGUACAACAUCUACAAACACUAUGGUGCUGUCCUCAAUAAACCCUGACUAUCCAGCUGCAAGUGGUGAACCAGUAGAAUAUGUAACAUGCUGGGGUUACA